GAUUUAACAUAAUCUUUAAAAAUUAGUGUAACAAAAAAAAUUCAAAGUGCAAUGAAGGCCCAAAGAAUGCCCGAAUGGGUGAAUGCCCUCUCGCUGAACCAAGCGAUUCGUGGCAUGUUGGAGGAUGGUGAGAAGAUCCUGGAAGUUAUUCCCACAACAGAUGAGAUACAAUUCCGCAACUGCACCGUUUUGCUGCCCAUCCGGGCGAAGGUGCUCAUGCGGAAUCAGACCAUGCGGAAGAUCUCGUUCAUGCUGAAGGCCCAGCACUGCAGCAAGUUUCAGGCCAAGAUCAUGUCCCACCUGAAGCUGUUCUUCCGCGAGCACCAGAUGUACCACAACAUUUUGCCCAAGUUCGAGCAGUUGUUCCAAUCGGUGGGCAAGACGGUGUCGCUGGGGCCGCGGGCCUUCAAGCUGGACAAUAGCAUCAAAGUGCACUACAUCCUGAUGGAGGAUCUCAGGGCCAAGGGCUACAAGAACGUGACCCGGCAGGAGGGCUUCGAUAUGGUGUGCAUGAGGGCAGUGCUGAAGAAACUCGCCGAGUUCCAUGCCGCCUCAGCAGCCUAUGUGGAGCGGCACGGCAUGUUUAGCAAACUGGUGGCCGAUGGGGUGUACACGAGGAACAACAAGAUCAUUCUGAAGAAACUGAACGAUGCGGAUCCAUAUCUGUCGCAGCUCAGGCGCUCGAGUCUGGGCGGACGUUUCCACAAGCGGCUUAUGAACAAGGAGAGUGUCCUAGUGGACCGAAUGCUAGAGCAGAGCAACCAACAGCCAGCGGACUUCAGUGUCCUCAACCACUGCGACGGCUGGGUAAACAAUGUGAUGGUGAAGUUCGAUGCCUUUGGAAAUGUGGAGGACACGGCUCUGAUUGACUAUCAGGUGGUCAAGUAUGGUUCUCCGUCAUACGAUCUUUACUAUACCAUACUUUCCUCUGCCCAAAAGGAGAUCAAGCUGGACAAAUUUGAUCAUUUCGUGCAGUAUUACUUUUACCAUCUGAUUGAUAAUCUCAAGAUUCUCAACUACCGCAGGCGAAUGCCGCAACUGAAGACGAUACGUGAUGGAUUGCACAAUAAUGGUCUGGCAGCAUAUGUGGUGGUGACACGGGUAUUGCCCAUUGCAAUGAUGAGUCAAUGGGAGGACGAGGUCAACGAGCGAUAUGCAGCCAAAAUAAAGGGUUCCCUAGUAAAUCGCAAGUACACUCAGGCCAUGAACGAUAUCCUGCCCUGGAUGGAUGAUCGCGGUCUGCUCAAUUGGUGCUAGAUCUCAUCUAUUUUUACAAAAUUUAAUGUGUAUUCAUGUAUCAAUAAUUUCACAAUUAUUCCAUUAUUUUUCGAUUAUGAGGGUAUUCCUAAA